GCUCUCCAGCUCCUGCUUGGCUUGUGUCCCUAGUGGAUGAGGUUUCGGCUUCGAGACCCCAUGCCAGUUUCAUGUUUGCUGCUUGCAUCCCGUGGGUUGGGAAUGAUGGGAGUUCUUUCCCGCCCCAACACUUUCCAGACUCAACCACGCUGGGAUUUGCUCCACAGUCCCCCAGUUCCAGGUUCUGGAUUAUGUUCCAUGGCAGCAGUCCAAGCAGAAAGCCAAGCCAUCUACUCUGCCUCCAAUCCCACGAACUGUCAACACUAAGAAAAGCAAAAUGAAGACCUGGACUACCAUCCAGCCAGACCCUAUUCAGACAGCAUCUACAAGGAAACUCUUGCCCUUUUCUUUCACUGGGGAAGCGGUGAGGGCUGCAAUCCAAGCCCACCUUGUGGAUGACAAGCCAGCCGAGGAAUCCACUAGAACUGCGCAGAGGAAAAUUGGACUCGGGGAAGACACAGACCAAAAUCCGACUAAUGAGAACGAUGCUCGGGAACCGGCGAACCGCGCACCAGGAGCUCUGCAACCACGAGGACUUCCUCACCAAGCUCCGUGGCGAACUGAUCAAGACCAUCCAGGACACGGAGGACAGCUCGGCCCUGAAAGUGCGGGUGAUGCUGCAGCAGCAGGACGUCUUCACGACCAUCGCUGACAUCUUGGAGUACUCAAACAAGAAGAAGCUGCACCAGAUGCAGUGUGAGCUUCAGGAAUGGGAGGAGAAGGAGGAAUCCGAGAUACACAACCUGGAGCAGCAGGUGGAACAGCUGGAUGCCAAGAUCGAGAAGGUCCACAAGAAAGUGAGCUUCGUGAGCACUUACAAGGACCGUGAGUAUGCCGUCAAGUCGGUCCAGGUUGCCAACCUUGUGCGCCAGCUGCAGCAGGUGAAGGACAGCCAGCAGGAUGAGCUGGAUGACCUCAGUGAGAUGUGCAGAAUGGUCCUGGCGUCUAUGUCCAACCAGAUUCAGAAUAAGAAAAAAAACCUUCUGAGGUCUCUGGUCGUGAAAAUCCAGCAUGCUCAUCAGGAGGCGCUCUUGCAGAAGACUUGGAAUAGCCGGGUCAUACUGAAAUACAUGGACAAGUUCCGAGAAUUUAUAGACCAUUUUGAGGAGGAAAUACCCAUAUUAAGGGCUGAGAUGGAACAGCUCCAGUUUCAGAUCUGGGAACCCCGAGAGAUUGUAUUUGCGGACAUUCUGCUUCGGAGAUCCAAGUGCACCCCUGACAUGGACAUCGUCCUCAACAUCCCUGUGGAAGAGCUGCUGCCCUUCUAGAUGGCGGGGCCGUGGGCCACCCCUCCCUCCCUGGUCUCUUCCCCACACCUAGAGCCUUGAGUUCUCUCCUUCCAAGACCACGUCCCCAUUCAGACCCUGGUCUGCAGUUCCUUCCUUCCUCAUACUCCCUCCCUCCCUCCUUUCCUUCCUUCCGUUCUUCCUUUUUUCUUUCUGCUUCCUGCUUCCUGCGUCCCCCUCUCCCUCCAUUCUUUUGGUUGGUGCUGCUACUUGAGCCAGGUAGGAAUUCCUAGUCAAGUCCUUUUUACCAAUAAAGCUGGGUUUGCCUUU